AUGGAGGAUUCCGUGGGGUUGGAGAAGAGGAAGAAGAGGAGGAAGAGUAAAGAGGGGAAAACUCUAAAUGGACGCCAGAAAGUUGAAGAGGAAGAAGAGGAACGGGGGGAAUGCGUGGUGGGGGAUGCUGAUGACGCCGGUGCGGCUGCUGGUUCCGACGAUGGAGCUGAAGCCGGUCGGAUUGAUGGAGAAUCCGGAGCGGAGGAAGGAGCAGAAAACGACGCUGCCGCUGCUGCUGGAGAGGACGCAGGCCCACCGGCGAAGAAGCAGAAGUCGUGGAAGGGCUCAAAGGGAAUCAUGAGCUCGGAACCUUUCUCUCAGCUUCCUAUAUCGGAACCCACCAUGAAAGCAAUCAAUGAUAUGGGUUUCGAGAACAUGACUCAGGUGAAUAAAUAAUGAAGCGAGAUAAAAUGUGCGAGAUAAUUCGCUUAAGUUCUGCUUCCUGUUAAUUUUUUUUCUUUGGGUCGAAAUUGUAAUUGCAGAUCCAAGCAGGAGCCAUACCACGUUUGUUGGUGGGGAAAGAUGUUGUUGGAGCGGCCAGGACUGGUUCGGGGAAGACGCUGGCCUUCCUGGUGCCAGCUAUUGAACUUUUGUAUAGGAUAAGCUUUUCCCCACGGAAUGGAACCGGAGUCAUUGUUAUUUGUCCAACGAGGGAGCUUGCGAUACAAGUACGCCUCUUAUACAUUUUUCUUCCAUACAGUAAUGAUUAUUCCAUUUUAAGUGUUUACAAAGUCUUGUUUGGUAUUUGAUGUUGUCUGCCUUGAGUUACAUUUAUGGCCAAUAUUCAGCAGAUCCCAUCAUUUCACCAGAGCAUUUGGUCAACGUGUUACGUCAGAUUUUAUUUUUUAUCAGACAAAAAAGCAAAACUGAUGGAUGUCACCUUAUUCCUGUAAAACUUAAUGGGGAUAACCUUAGUACCCCUAACAUCGAAUUUCUAGUAAAGCCUGGCCAGUUUCCCAUUGUGUACACCAUCUACUGGGGCCAAUGGGAUGGACUUAGGAUGACAUAUUCCGCUAUGGUUCAUGUUCGUCGGUCAGUAAGAUUGCCACCUAAUGGCAAGGUACCGAGGGUUGUACUUUGAUUCACAUUGUAGAAGACAGGUCUCAGCGGCAAACUGUUCUUUUUGCUGUGGCUCAUAGGGUCUCUGUUGAUUAGGGUGGUGACCUCUUUGUUGUUGGCGUACGACAUUUUCUCCGCUACUGUUGCUAUUGAUAUUUUGCAAAAUGAUGUCCCCAUUGUCUUUUGAUUUUUAAGUCAUCGGCGUCCUUUGUCCUUCAUAUUCACCUAGGCAUCAACGUAAUGAAAAAAAAUGUAUUUUUUCCGUUAGUUCACGUCGUGCUGCUGCAUUAGCAUAUCUAGUAUUAUCGAGCUACAUCAGGGUGUAGCUUUUAAUACGUUACUCUGUUAUCAUCUUUGGGUCCUAUCCUCUAUGUCGCAUACAGUUGUGGCAAUCUUGAUUAAAUAUCAUGUGAUUUAAUUCAAGAUUCAUAAUGGAUGCGGACAUGUCUAUUCUUAGUCCGAAUAAACUUUGGUAGUUUAUGUCCCUUAGGUAUUCAAAAUAUUUCGGACAAUUACUUAAAGGAAUGAGUCAAUUCAUAAUGCAUUAAUUACAGCGCUCAUGCCCUGAUGUUUUAAAUGACCUUUUGCUGUUUACUUUUAUGCAGACACAUGCUGUGGCUGUGGAUCUCCUCAAGUACCAUACACAAACUGUUGGCUAUGUUAUUGGUGGCAAUGCACGAAGAGGAGAAGCAGAGCGUCUUGUAAAGGGAGUAAACCUGUUAGUUGCUACUCCUGGCAGACUUCUGGAUCACCUUCAAUCUACCAGAGGUUUCAUAUUUAAAAAUCUAAAGGUGUUGUCUUAUUCCUUAUGUAUGUUAGUAAUGUCUUCCCAGACUUGUCAGACAGUUUCUCAGAGUUAGGUUACAUUAUUGUCGAUGAUUGAUUUCAGCUUAAUUUGAGAAUUUUGAAUUUCAAACCUGUGGUUAAUAGUAGUGUAAUGUGACGAUCAUGAGGUUCCCCAGGAGGACAUUUUUUUUUAUCUUCAAUCUCUAUAAGGUUUGUUGGUCAUCUGAAGCUUUUGAAUCUGAUGAUUAUUACUGUCUCUGUGCAUAUCAGUAUGAUCUGCAUUUUUAGAGAUCUCCAGAUAAAAGAUCCGUUACUUUAUGAGGAAGCCAAAGAAGUCCUUGCACUUGGACUGUAUGUUUGAGGCCUGCACUGAAUCUGGCAUUCUGCCAGAGGAUGUGUUGACUUGUUUAGGAAUUUAGCAUGUGCAGCAUGCACAUUCGAUGGCACAAGUUAAACAAAGCUGAGCAAGUGCAUGCAGAAGGAAGUAGAAUACGACUAAGUCAGUCGUACCAUGGUAGGGAAAGAGUUUCACAUGGUAGAUAUCAAUGUCGGAAAGUAAGCUUCAUAAUCCGGAAAGUUUAGGAAAACCUUGCAUUUUGAUGGUUGAAUGUACGACACCUUCAUUGAUUAUUAAAAGGUAGGAAAGGGAUGGGCAAGAAUGUAUACGUACGUUCUUGCAAAAAUAUAUACAUGCACAUGAAUGCUUGCGUACAUCUACUUAACCGAUGGAAGUAUAGAUUAGUUCGAGAGAUUCAUUAAUACAGGAGUAUAAUCUAUGGGAAUGGUGAAAUAUGUUUCGUAGCUGGUUUUUAUUUGUUAUCGUUAUUAUUAUUACUUAUGACUUUUGGUUCUCUGAGCUAUUGUUGUGAACUAACUUUGCUUGCAAGUAUACUUGUACCUUUUCACUUUAUCUGGUAUGUGUCUAGCCAGUUUCUUAAUUUUCUUGAUGUUACUCAAGGGUUGGUUUUGGUCUUCGAACAUGAACUGAAAGGAACUUUGAUAAAUUCAUGUGGUGUUUAAAUUGAGUCAGAUGUCGUUAUCCAUCUAGUUUCAAUUGGGCCAUGGCAGGAUUGAAUCUCUGUCAACCAUGUCUUGAUGAUUGGAAAAAAAUUGUCUUUCAUGUUUACUGGGAAGGAAAAAUCAUGAUAGUUACCUUUCCCGAUUAAGAUAAUGUCUCAUCUGGCCUGUUCUGGAUCAUCCCAUCCGGUUUCAAACUCUUAGCCAUGAUAUGAUCUCAUUCUGGACUAUGUUUCCUUUUUCAUAAUACCUUAUCCAUGAUAUAGCGCAAAGUUGGAUACCCUUUGCAUGCCAUGAAUUUAUUGCUUGUUUGUUACGAUCUUAAUGAUGUUAAUCAUGCCGGCAUCAUCUGGAAAUGCAGGAGCCUGAGUGUUUGAAUUAUAUCUUAUAAUAAUAUAUUCCCCUUAAAAGCCUUUUGAUGUGUUAUUCUGUUCAUUAUAAUGCCUGUUUAGGAUGAGUUUUCGAAAAUCCGAAAGAUUACCCGUUCUUGAUGAUUACUGUGCAUUAACUUGCUUUAUGUUAUUUUUUUCGGUUUGGUUUGGAGGCCUCAUGAUAUCUGACGAAUGUCCUUUAGGAGAUCGAUGUUAACAAUGUCUUCUUUAUUAUGCAGUGUCUGAUAAUCGAUGAAGCUGAUAGAAUAUUAGAGGAGAACUUUGAAGAUGACAUGAAGCAAAUUAUUAAACUUCUGCCAAAGGUUGUUUUUUAUUUCAUCUGACUUUGAAAAAGUUAUGUUGGCUGACUGUAUGGAUUGAGUUAUACUUUGUAAAACUGAGUUACAGUUUCAUGAAUGCUAAUUUGACGAAUGAAUAGAUAAAUGUAAUUCUCUGCAUGAUAUGGUAGCCUAGUUGGUCUAUUAGCAAGCUUCUGUCCACUGGUCUAGGUUUUUAUCUUUAGAGUUAUAAAGUGUCCGUAUUUUACUUUAUUAAUCAAAUAAAACUGAAAUAGUUAAUGUGAAUGCUACAGGGGAACUUCUCUCUCUUAAUGUGUUUCGUCCGAUAAUUGUGGCUCAUGUAAAUUUCUUGUCCAUUUCAGGAGAGACAGACUGCACUGUUUUCUGCGACCCAGACCCAGAAGGUUCACAAUUUUCUCACAACUGACCUCCCUUCCCACAUUUGAUGGUAGGUAGUGAGUUUUUCUUGUCUAACUGUUUCUUUAAAAAAUCAAUGCCUUCUGCAGGUUGCAGACCUGGUACGCUUGUCAUUUCAGACGAAGCCUGACUAUGUUGGAGUUGAUGAUGGGAGAGCUAAGGUAAACAGGAUUAGAUAAUCACUCUAACCCUGAUAUAUUACCAUGUGAUGGAAGGGUUGAAGUAAAUGCUAAAUGGCUAUUAAAUUGCAGGUUACUAAUGAAGGCCUGCAGCAGGGCUACUGUGUGGUGUCAUCAGCGAAGAGAUUUAUCCUUCUUUAUUCGUUUUUGAAGAGGAAUAUGUCGAAGAAAGUGAUGGUUUUCUUCUCUUCUUGCAACUCCGUUAAGUACCACGCUGAUCUUCUCAGAUUUAUCAAGGUUGACUGCUGUGAUAUCCACGGGAAACAAAAGCAGCAGAAGCGGACCACCACAUUUUUUGACUUCUGCAAAGCAGAGAAGGGCAUCUUAUUGUGCACAGAUGUGGCCGCUCGCGGGCUUGACAUCCAUGCUGUGGUUCGUUCUCACUGUCUUUAACUGUGAUGUUCACGGGUAAUGAACUUUGGGAUGUCUGUGAUUUAUUUUUCGUCAAUUUCUAGGACUGGAUCGUGCAAUACGACCCUCCGGAUGAACCCAAGGUGCCCACUUUUCUUUUACGAUUUUUCUUCGACACAUAUUUUCAUCAUCAUUUAUUUUCACCGUUUCAUAUGCAGAAUAUUUGUUAAUUGUGUUAAAUCGAUUAUUUCAGGAGUACAUCCACAGGGUUGGACGGACAGCCAGAGGGGAAGGCGGUAGAGGGCAUGCAUUGCUCUUCCUGAUCCCCGAGGAGAUGCAGUUUCUGAGCUAUCUCAAGGUCUUUUCCUGCAGUCGGAGGAUUCCUUGGUCUACUUAGCUUCAAAAGCUCCAAUCCCUGAUGAUCUUUAUGUUGAUGGGCAGGCUGCGAAGGUGCCCGUCAAGGAGUACGAGUUCGAAGAGAAGAAGCUCGCCAAUGUGCAAUCACACCUGGUAUUCAUCGAUCUCGAGCCUGUAACCUCGUGAGUUAAUAAUAGACUGGUAGCUGGGUUUCUGUUAUUGAAGUGAGGAUGAAUUCGCGCAGGAGAAAUUGGUGGAGACAAACUACCAUCUCAACCAGUCCGCCAAAGAUGCCUACAGGUCUUACAUGCUGGCGUACAAUUCACAUUCAAUGAAGGAUGUCUUCAACGUGCAUCGCCUUGAUGUAAAGGUGUGUGUGCAGACUCCUCUUGCCCCUUCGCUUUUCUUCAAUGAAGAUUUACACUACGGCAUACUCUCUCUCUAUAUCUUUUUUUAAUAAAAUCCGAUCGCUAGGGAACCUUGAAUCUGUGUUCUUUCUUGGUGAAUCUGCGGGAUAAAGAUUAUGGCCUUGAUUUUUGUAACUAAAACAAGGGGGAUCUAUCUCUGUUCAGACCAGUGAAUCCAUCUCUUCAUCAUCGUCAAUUUCUACAUCUAGGGAACAAAGAGGAAAAAGGAAAGAAAGCUGCAAGUUUCCUGAGUUAAUCUUGUGAAAACAUGAACAGGCUGUCGCCGCCUCCUUUGGCUUCAGUUCGCCGCCAAAGGUGAAUCUCAACAUCGACAGCAAUGCGUCCAAGUUCCGAAAGAAGCAGCGCAAAGUAGAGGGGACUCGUGGCCGGAUGAGCUGGAGCAACCCUUAUGGCAGGCUCAAGGGUGAAGAUGGAAGACAGUUUUCCAGAAUCUAA